AUGAAAUCCAUAAAUCCAUGUCAACGUCUUAAUAAGAGUGAAAAUAUUUGGAAUUUAGGUGUUAUAGAUAACAUAGAUUUUAAGGAAGCAACUUUUAGAUAUGGAAAUAUAUUUGAUAUGACACGUACCAGUACACAUACGACGCUCAGAAUGGUUUUUCAACACCAAAUGCCUUUUAAUUUGUAUGAAAAUAAGAAUGAUGAAAACCAAAAUAGUUCUCCACUUGAGUUAUUUGGUAUGAAUCAAAUGAUAAGUAAUACUUUGGAUAUUUUUGAUUCUGCUUUAGAUAACCUACUCAAUGUUCAAAUUAACUCUCAAGGCAUUGCAAUUUAUCAGACAAAUUUUGACAUGGCCAUUGUACAUGAUGAAAUCUUGAAUCGUGUUGAACAUGGAUGUAAAGUAGAACCUCCAAAUGUAGUUAUUUUAGAACCUGGUGGAGUUCCAAAUUCUGACAAGGGUAUUUUUGAAUCUUUAGAAAUGUACAAAAAAGAUUUUGAAUUAACAUCAGAACAGUAUUUAGAUGUAGUUGCUGAUGAAGCAAUAUUUCGAAGAAUAAUUAAAUUAACAGAUCAAUGGCCUUACCUGCGUCCUAUUCUUAGGCAAUGGCAUACGUCCAAGGAUAUGUGCAGUGUUUUGAUUAUUCUUUUUUCAAGUUAUGGAAUUUUUGAUCUUGCAAAUUCACUUGGAGUUAAAUUUUUGGAAAAAUUGGAAUCUGUUGUUGAUUAUAGGUCCACUGUUCGUAUUCUUGAAUUAAUAUGGACUGCAGUAUCUUUAGCAAUACGAAUCUACAUUAAAAAAAAAAAUAUUAGUAAGCAUGAAAUUUGGGAAAAUGCAAAUUUGGCGCUUCAAAUCUGGUACCUUUACUAUCAAUGGGCCAGAAUAUUUAAAGCUCAUCGUAUUGGCAUUCGAGUUGGAAAUUAUGAUUUACAAAAAAAUGCUUUAGCUGCAUUUGGUGGUUUAUUUGCUUCAGCAGCUAAAACUCGGUAUGCUAGUUCUGUAUGUCAUUUUCUUGGUAUUUUGGAAAAGUUUUCUAAACUAGAAGAUAAAUUGCGUUAUGCAGCUUCUAUUAAAAUAGAUAAUAAUAAAAAACAAAAAGGACAUUUUUUUGCAUACGACGAAGCUCUGGAGACUUUCAGAGUGAAAUUCAUAAAACAAAAUAUAACAGGAAACGUAGUUAAUAUGAAAAAUUUAAAAAUGCAAAUAAAAUCAGUACAAACGGAACGUGAUAGAAUUAAAAUCUUAUUAUCUGAAUACCUUAAUGAUCCAACAGCAUCUACCGAAAAUCAUGCAAUAAAUCAAAGAUAUGAUGCAAUGUGGAAUUUAGUCAAAAUUCUCCUCCAAGAAUUUGACCAAACAAAUGAAUCAUUUUUAAAUAGUAAUACGUGGAAAAAUGUUUACCGAUCACAACUAACAGUUGAAGGAGUAAUUCAACUUAAGAAUUGCUUCUCUGAUGGAAUAGUCCGCAUGCAAGCAAUUUAUUAUGAAGAUGUUCUUAAGACCAGACCAACUCAGCCCGGAAGAAGCAAAUUGGGCACAUCUAGAUUAAAAAUAUUGAAUUUUCAAAAAGAACUCAAAGAAGCAAAAAGAAAUAAAAAACAAUGGAACAUUCACGAACUAUAG